AAUUCCCGUCAGCCUCCAUAUUGAAUUGGCCCGGCAUGCACCGCGGCUCCGGGAUGAUGAGGCCAAGAUGGCGGCCAAUCCAAGUGGUGACGGCGCCCCUCCUUUUGAUUGUCCGUCAUGGGGAGGCAAGCCACCGGUCGGGCUCCACCUGGACGUGAUGAAGGGAGACAAGCUGGUGGAGAAACUGAUCAUAGACGAAAAGAAGUUCUACUUGUUCGGGAGGAAUCCGGACUGGUGCGACUUCACCAUCGACCACCAGUCGUGCUCACGCGUCCAUGCCGCCCUCGUCUACCACAAACACCUGAAGAGGCUCUUCCUAAUAGACCUCAAUAGCACACACGGUACUUUCCUCGGACACAUCCGUCUGGAGCCACACAAGCCCCAGCAGGUUCCCAUCGACUCCACGUUAUCCUUUGGUGCUUCCACGCGGACGUACACCAUCCGAGAGAAGCCCCAAAGCCAGGGUGGAGGUGGCAACGCAGACAUUAAGAUAGGAGACGAAGACGAGCUGAAGGGACUUCUCGGGUUACCGGAGGAGGAGACGGAGCUGGAGAAUUUGACAGAGUUUAACACGGCCCACAACAAGCGCAUCUCCCUUCUGACCAUCGAGGAGGGCAACCUGGACAUCCAGAGGCCGAAGAGGAAGAGGAGGAACUCAAGAGUUACUUUCAACGAGGAGGACUGCAUCAUCAAUCCAGAGGAUAUCGACCCCUCGGUGGGACGUUUUAGGAACAUGGUGCAGACUGCGGUCGUCCCCAUCAAGAAACGGCGGUCAGAGGGCCAAAACACGUUGGGUCUGGACAACUUUGCUUCAAAGCGUAUGCACGGUUACAGCCUGAGUAGCGGUCUCUAUGGCGACCUGCCUCCCACCAGCCACGAGAACCAGCCCACGGGCGCUCCGGGCGCUGCUUCCAUGCAGGGCGGGCUCCCCUUGCCUUUCCCCAACCCAGCACCAGAGGUGGACCUGGCACCCGAGGCUCAGCAGCCCCCCAUCAUGCUCAACCCCACUCCGGUCACGGCCCCCUAUCUACCAGAGACCCUCAACGAGCCACGCAAAAAGAAGUAUGCCAAAGAGGCGUGGCCGGGAAAGAAGCCCACGCCCUCGCUACUGAUAUGAGCGCUUUGCCCUGCAUGUUGACUCUCAGGUACCGGCGGGGCGUGUCAGGGACAAGGUGGCGGGGCUCAGCCAUCACCUCACUUUUUACUCCGUGUUGUUGGUGGUUCUCUGGUUCCGUUGGAGUUGUAUAAAAUAUCAAACCCCAUGUUUUCCAGCCGCAGUUAGAUGCUUGUGUGUCAUAACAGAUUAAUGUAACUUUAGUUUCUUAUUAUUUUGUUUUCAACUCUUUUCCGUGCUUUUGGAAACGUUAUGAAUAAAUGGCCGAAGAGUAUUUUUAUACACACAAUUUUACUGUGACGGGUCAGGACUGUCAGGACAAAAGUGAUCUGGUCCUUGUUUUCAAGCGUUACAAUUAUGUGAUGAUGAACUUGUCUUACAGCCUAAUGGAUCUGACCAACUUUUUAAUAAAUAUAUUGCAGUUGUUUUGACAGCCGCUAGAUGGCGACCUAA